AUGGAGUCAACAACAAGAGACCCUGCUGGCCAUAUUGUAGAUACCUUUCCACAAAACGAUCCAAUUGAGGAUGAUGAUCCCCCAAUGCUGAGUUCUCAUGCCCUUGAAGCAUUGAAAGAAUUUCUGUCUGAGCAGAAGAGACAGGAAUCUCUGGCGGAGGUGGAGGAGGAAGACGUUGCGUUAGUCACUGAGGAUUGGCGGCUCAGCCAGUUCUGGUACGACAGGGAUACUGCUGAGACUGUAGCAAAAGAAGUUAUCACUCUCUGCCAUUCCCUUGAUUCCCCCUCGGUUGCCUGCAUUGCUUGCCCUACUCUUUAUGCCUACCUCAAGAAAUUUGAUGCUGGAGUAAGCGCUCAGCUUCUUGAGUUUGACAACCGGUUUGAGCAGUACGGAAGUGAAUUCACAUUUUAUGACUAUAACCAGCCUGAAGAUCUUCCCGCAUCAUUGAAGCACUCAUACCCUAUUGUAGUCGCUGAUCCUCCUUAUCUGAGCAAAGAAUGCUUGGAGAAAGUUAGCCAAACAAUUUCGUUCCUCUCAAAACCAGGAAACUGCUACUUGCUUUUACUUACUGGAGAGGUGCAGAAGGAUACCGCUGCGGAGCUGUUAGAUUUGCAUCCAUGCGGUUUCCGACCUCAGCACUCGAGCAAGCUUGGCAAUGAGUUCCGUCUCUUCACCAACUACAAUCCAGGGACAAGACUAGGCUGGAUUGUCCACGAGGAUGGGGCAGUGGUGGGAAGGAAUUCCAUUUCUUACAUCUGCAGUGGUGGUUGUUUGUGGGAUCAUUUACUUGUGUACAGGACCUAUACCUCUGUACUUUUUCAUGGCUCUUUGCUGCAUCUGAUGUUCAAUAUGUUAGCUUUGGUUCCUCUGGGGUCUGAGCUUGAAAGGAUUAUGGGAUCUGUUCGACUAUGCUACGUUACAAUUUUGCUGGCCACGAGCAAUGCCGUUUUUCACCUUCUUAUAGCUUUUUUGGUUGCUCAUAAUCCUUUCCAUACUUUUAGUUACCUCAUGGACGAGUGUGCUAUAGGCUUCUCGGGGAUCCUGUUUUCUAUGAUUGUUAUUGAGACAACUCUUAGUGGAGUUCAAUCCAGAAGUGUGUUUGGGCUUUUCAAUGUGCCUGCUCAAUGGUAUGCAUGGAUCUUGUUGGUGGUGUUUCAGCUUCUUAUGACAAAUGUCUCUCUACUUGGGCAUCUCUGCGGCAUUUUGUCUGGAUUUGCAUAUACUUAUGGACUCUUCAACACUUUGAUUCCUGGGACAUCCUUUUUCUCUAAAAUUGAAUCAUCAUCAUUGCUUUCUUCAUUUGUUAGGAGACCGAAGUUCAUACUGUGCACUGGGGGGAAUACUUCGGGUUACAUUCCGACUCAUACAAGUCAAAGUCCAACAUCCAGUGGAUUGCUUUCUGGAAACCUUUGGAGGAGCUUCUCUUCAUGGAUGCCACAAAGAGAGACUUACUCUCAGGUGCCAUCCGCAGAUAACGACAGUAGGUUUCCUGGAACUGGAAGAACUCUGGGUUCUGGAUUAAGUCAAACAGUUGCAACCGCUCCUGAUUCAACCUUACAGGCCAGACUUCUGGAGAAUGAGAAUUCAACAAACCAUCCAUCUCAGGCAAGAGAAAGUGCUACAGGGCAACAAAUAACAGAAGGAAGGCAACCAACAGUUGAUAAUUCAGCUGUGACAGUCACGGGGGUUCAAAGUCAUCAGGGUUCUGCUGAAGGCAUACAGAAGCUUCUCUCCAUGGGUUUUGAGAAGACUCAAGUUGAAGUGGCACUAGCUGCUGCUGAUGGGGAUGUUACCGUGGCUGUUGAAAUCCUCAUGAGCCAGCAGGGAUAA